GAAAACAGGAAUAUUGGCAGGGAUGAGGGGAUCCCUUGAAUAUAACUGUUUAUUCAUCUCUUGAGUGCAGGAGGGUUGGGUUGGGUUGUUCCUUCGGGCCUUGGGAAUUUGUUUUGCAUUUCUACGACUCUGCCGGUCUGCCCCCACAAUAUCGUCAUUUUACUGGCGAGAUAACCAUGUAAAUUGGAGUGAGAUUGCGGAAGAGACCAUUCGCAUAAUCUAAGCACUUGUGUUGCUAAAAGCCGAAAGCAGCGACGAGAGUUGUACUGUAUUAUUGUUGUGGUCAAUAUCAAUGGAGAACAAAGCAAGCGUGGUGUCCCGUCUUCUUGCUGUGAAACAGAAGUCCGCUAAGAGUUAUAGUGAGAUUGCGGAGGAGACAGGACUCACCAAUGUCUACGUAGGUCAGUUAUUGCGGAGGCAAGCCCAACUCAAGCCUUCUACUGCCCCUAAACUUAGGGCUUCUCUUCCGGACCUCACCGACGACCUCAUCCAGGAGAUGAUGACUCCUCCUAUGAGGUCUUAUGACCCUGCCAUUGUCAACGAACCUGCUAUUUACAGAUUAAAUGAAGCCGUUAUGCAUUUUGGUGAGAGUAUUAAGGAGAUUAUCAAUGAGGAUUUUGGUGAUGGAGUCAUGUCAGCUAUAGACUUCUACUGCUCCGUGGACAAAAUUAAAGGUGUUGAUGGGAAUGAUCGUGUUGUUGUGACAUUUGAUGGGAAGUAUUUGUCACAUUCCGAGAUGAGGGCUGAGAAUAUGGUGUCAAGGAUAAGGUUGCAAUAAAGCUAAUGGAACCCCCACUUUUGCCACGUACAAAAGCCAAACACUUCUUUGUUGUGGCUGCACUUGUUUGUUUGAUGAAUAUAGCUCAUUAGGAGGGAACUGCUACCUUUACAUUGUAAUUGUAUGUUUGGUUUUUGUUAGUUGAAUAAAAGAUUCUUUUUUUUUUU